AUUUAGUUCAUCAUUCAACAACAAAUACAUCAAAAAAACACUCUCCUAAAUCUCCUUCCAAAAAAAAAACACAAAACACACUCUCUUUAGCUAAGAGAAAAAAAAAAUGGCCCUUCAAGCCCUAAACUCUCCGACCACUCCGGCGCCGCCGUCGUUCAAGUUCGACAACGCCGCCACCAUAAACUACCUCGAGCCGUGGUCGAAGGGCAAGCGCUCGAAGCGCCCCCGCACCUCCGAUCACCCCACCGAAGAGGAGUACCUCGCCCUCUGCCUCAUCAUGCUAGCCCGCGGCGGCGCCACCUCUUCCACGGCGGCGCCACCGCAGAAAAGCCUUCCUCCGCCGCCGCCGGCGACGGUUUACAAAUGCUCGGUUUGCAACAAGGGGUUUGGGUCCUACCAAGCCUUGGGCGGCCACAAAGCCAGCCACCGGAAGCUCACCUCCAGCGGCGGCGGCGACGAGAACUCCACCACCUCCGCCUCCGCAGUGACGUCGACCUCCGGCGGCGGCGGGAGAGUCCACGAGUGCUCCAUCUGCCACAAGCACUUCCCCACGGGGCAGGCCUUGGGAGGGCACAAGCGCCGCCACUACGACGGCGCCGCCGCCGCCGCCAGCUCGUCGGAAGGCGUGGGGUCCACCGUUAGCCACCGGGAUUUCGACCUCAACCUGCCGGCCCUCCCUGAUCAGUUCUGGCGGAGAUUCGGCGGCGAGGACGAAGUCGAAAGCCCGCACCCGGCGAAGAAGGCGCGGGCUUCGCCGCCAGCGGAGUUGAAAUUUGUUUGAAGAGUUUAAUAGAAUGGGAGAUUGGAAUUAUUAGAAAGUUGAUGAUUAAUUGAUUUUUUUUAAAUGUUAGUUUUGAUUUGGUAGAGUGUUUUUUUUUUGUGAAUACAAGUGGGAUGGAGUGCUAGUGGUAGUGAUUAUUUAUUGAUUCAAUUGAUUUAUUAUUGUGGGACUAUAUAUUGAUUUGAUUAAA